CUCUCCCCGCAGCAGCCGCCGCCGCAGCCGCCGCCUGGGCCGCCCCGUGUCCCCGGUGGAGCCGCCGCCGCUGCCGCCGCCGUGAGCUCGAUGCGGACGGAGCCUGGGCCGGGCCAUGGGGAUCCUCAGCAUCACGGACCAGCCGCCCCUGGUCCAGGCCAUCUUUAGCCGAGAUGUGGAGGAAGUGCGUUCCCUCCUCUCGCAGAAGGAAAACAUCAAUAUACUGGACCAAGAGAGGCGAACCCCAUUGCAUGCUGCUGCCUACGUAGGCGAUGUCCCCAUCCUCCAGUUGCUACUGAUGUCAGGUGCUAAUGUCAACGCUAAGGACACAUUGUGGCUGACCCCGCUUCAUCGUGCCGCUGCCUCCCGAAACGAGAAGGUGCUGGGGUUGCUGCUGGCACAUUCAGCUGAUGUGAAUGCCCGGGACAAGCUGUGGCAGACACCACUGCAUGUGGCUGCUGCCAACCGGGCCACCAAGUGUGCCGAGGCUCUGGCACCCCUGCUGAGUAGCCUCAAUGUAGCUGACAGGAGCGGGCGCAGCGCUCUGCACCAUGCUGUACACAGUGGGCAUCUUGAGAUGGUGAACCUGCUCCUUAACAAGGGAGCAAGCCUGAACGUCUGUGAUAAGAAGGAGCGGCAGCCAUUGCACUGGGCAGCUUUUCUAGGGCAUUUAGAGGUCCUGAAACUGCUGGUGGCACGUGGAGCAGACCUCAGCUGUAAAGACCGAAAGGGCUAUGGGCUGCUCCACACAGCAGCAGCCAGUGGCCAGAUUGAAGUGGUGAAGUACUUGCUCCGGAUGGGGGCUGAGAUUGAUGAGCCCAACGCUUUUGGGAACACAGCUUUGCACAUCGCUUGCUACCUUGGCCAGGAUGCUGUGGCUGUUGAACUAGUGAAUGCAGGGGCCAAUGUCAACCAGCCAAACGACAAGGGUUUCACACCACUGCACGUGGCAGCUGUCUCCACCAAUGGCGCGCUCUGCCUGGAGCUGUUGGUCAAUAAUGGGGCUGAUGUCAACUACCAGAGUAAAGAAGGGAAGAGCCCCCUUCACAUGGCUGCCAUUCAUGGCCGUUUCACGCGCUCCCAGAUCCUCAUUCAGAAUGGUAGCGAGAUUGAUUGUGCUGACAAAUUUGGGAACACGCCACUCCACGUGGCUGCUCGCUACGGACACGAGCUGCUCAUCAGCACUCUCAUGACCAAUGGCGCUGAUACUGCCCGGCGCGGCAUCCAUGACAUGUUUCCCCUGCACUUAGCUGUUCUCUUCGGAUUCUCUGACUGUUGCCGGAAGCUUCUCUCCUCAGGUCAGCUGUACAGUAUCGUGUCUUCACUCAGCAAUGAGCAUGUGCUUUCUGCUGGGUUUGACAUCAACACACCUGACAGCCUUGGCCGCACCUGUCUUCAUGCUGCUGCUUCUGGAGGGAAUGUUGAAUGUCUUAAUUUGCUGUUGAGCAGUGGAGCUGAUCUGAGAAGGAGAGACAAAUUUGGAAGGACCCCACUGCACUAUGCAGCUGCCAAUGGUAGCUACCAGUGUGCCGUGACUCUGGUGACUGCUGGGGCGGGCGUCAACGAGGCUGAUUGUAAAGGCUGUUCUCCCCUUCACUACGCUGCUGCCUCAGACACCUACCGGAGAGCGGAAUCCCACACUGUUUCCAGCCAUGACGCAGAAGAGGAUGAGCUACUGAAGGAAUCCCGCAGGAAGGAGGCCUUCUUCUGUCUGGAGUUCUUAUUGGAUAAUGGUGCAGACCCCUCCCUGCGGGACAGGCAGGGCUACACAGCUGUGCACUAUGCAGCCGCCUACGGCAACAGACAGAACCUUGAACUGCUCUUAGAAAUGUCCUUUAACUGCCUGGAGGAUGUGGAGAGCACUGUUCCAGUCAGCCCUUUGCACUUAGCUGCCUACAAUGGUCACUGUGAAGCCCUGAAGACACUAGCUGAAACGCUGGUGAAUCUGGAUGUAAGGGACCACAAGGGCCGGACCGCGCUCUUCCUGGCCACUGAGCGAGGCUCUACUGAGUGUGUGGAGGUGCUCACGGCCCACGGUGCCUCUGCCCUCAUCAAGGAACGUAAACGCAAGUGGACACCCUUACAUGCUGCUGCUGCCUCUGGCCACACUGAUUCCCUGCACUUGCUGAUUGACAGUGGGGAGCGUGCUGACAUCACAGAUGUCAUGGAUGCCUAUGGACAAACCCCACUGAUGCUGGCCAUCAUGAAUGGCCACGUGGACUGUGUACAUCUGCUGCUAGAGAAAGGAUCCACGGCUGAUGCUGCUGACCUCCGGGGCCGCACUGCCCUCCACCGUGGGGCAGUGACUGGCUGUGAGGACUGCCUGGCUGCCCUGCUGGACCACGACGCAUUUGUGCUGUGCCGAGACUUUAAAGGUCGCACACCCAUUCACCUGGCCUCAGCCUGUGGCCAUACUGCAGUGCUUCGGACUCUGCUGCAGGCUGCACUUUCCACAGACCCCCUAGAUGCUGGUGUCGAUUACAGCGGAUACUCGCCCAUGCACUGGGCCUCCUACACUGGACAUGAAGAUUGUCUGGAGUUGUUACUUGAACACAGCCCUUUCUCAUACCUGGAGGGAAACCCCUUCACUCCUUUGCACUGUGCGGUAAUUAAUAACCAGGACAGCACCGCAGAGAUGCUGCUUGGAGCUCUGGGUGCCAAGAUUGUAAACAGCAGAGACGCCAAAGGGCGGACCCCCCUUCACGCCGCUGCCUUUGCGGACAAUGUCUCUGGCCUCCGGAUGCUGUUGCAGCAUCAAGCUGAAGUGAAUGCCACUGACCACACUGGCCACACUGCACUCAUGACGGCAGCUGAGAAUGGACAGACUGCCGCUGUAGAAUUUCUGCUGUAUCGAGGGAAGGCGGACCUGACUGUGCUGGAUGAGAACAAGAACACUGCCCUUCACUUGGCUUGUAGCAAGGGCCAUGAGAAAUGUGCCCUUAUGAUCCUGGCAGAAACCCAAGACCUUGGCCUUAUCAAUGCUACCAACAGUGCGCUGCAGAUGCCACUCCACAUCGCUGCCCGGAACGGUCUAGCUUCCGUGGUGCAGGCCCUGCUGAGUCGUGGGGCCACAGUGCUGGCUGUGGAUGAAGAAGGUCACACCCCAGCACUGGCCUGCGCCCCUAACAAGGAUGUGGCAGACUGUCUGGCCUUGAUCCUCUCCACCAUGAAGCCUUUCCCACCCAAGGAUGCCGUCAGCCCUUUCAGCUUCAGCCUGCUCAAGAACUGCAGCAUCGCAGCCGCCAAGACGGUGGGUGGCUGUGGUGCCCUGCCUCACGGGGCCUCCUGUCCCUACAGCCAGGAACGGCAUGGCGCCAUUGGGUUAGAUGGCUGCUACUCUGAGUAGCCCCCUCCAGUGUCCCUCCCCCUGCCGGUGGCUUGAUAUCUUAUUCUAUUUAUUUAGAAAAAAUGUCUAAACAUUUAGGGCACUUUAAAGGAGAACACGACUGGGUGGUGGGGCCAAUUGGGGAAGGAAGCACUGGGGAGCAGCUGCUUACCCCUUUGCCACACCAUCCUGGCCUGGCAGAGGUCUGGGACCCACAGGGAGAACCCCAGGCUCUUGGUACCCCCAGGGCAACCCCUUCUGCUAAGUGUCCCAAAAUGAUUGCUAAAUGCCUGGCUCACCUCUCUUUGACUCCAUCUCUCAGUUUCCCCUGUUUGCUGCCAGCUCCCCCCAACUCUUCCUUCUGACUUUCCUCUCUUUGUCCCCUCUCCUCCUACCUCUGCUGCCAGGCAGACCCCCUCCUCUUCUUCCAUACCCAUCACUGCCUACCUGCUUGGCCCCUCCAUUCCUGCAGCAGUGAGAAGCCUUAAUUUCUGGUACUGUGUGAGCACUCUGGGGGUGUCCUCCUCCCCCUUCAGGGGCAGCUAGAGGAUGAGGGGGGAGGGUAUUUAGCACUGAGGCCUAGAGCUUCCCCCAUAUCCUGUCACCCCUAAAAUUUAAAUGCAAACACUUGAAGCAGCAACUACUGAACCUGGCCCGGACCCUGUGCUUUCUGGCUCCUCGUGCAAACCAAGGGCUGCUUCUGCCCCCACAGCCUGCUCCUGUGUCACCACUUCUGGCCUGGUCCCCUAACCACGCACUUUAACCUUGCUUAUUUCUUUUAACUUCUUUUGGGGGAGGGAGCCUGUGGCCGUCCCUCCUGGGCUCUCUUCUCCCUGAACUUUGAGCCUUGUCAUGAACUUUUAAGUAAGCAUUUUAUUCUUUAGGGGAAAAAACAAAUCAAUAUCCUGCCCAUUUCAAAACUACAGCCCUCAUAUGUCCUCUGUGUUUCAGGAAUGUGUUUGCAUGUGAGUGAAGGUAGGGACCAUGUUCUUCCUCCUGUAUCCCCUAGUCCCAGAGUUCCCCAUGCCUGUCUCCACCUUCCGUCUGUCUGAGAACCCACUGCCCCAGUCCCUCCUAAUAUGAAGCCAAAGAUGGUGGGAAGGGCAGGGGCAGUGUAGGGACCGUGUUAGGGAAGCAGGGUUUCCUCCAAUGGGGAAGGGGGAGCACUGGUCAGGGAGCACAGAUGGACACUGAGGCUGAGCUCAGCCCUUGCCUUCCCAGCAUGGGAGAGAUACGAUUCCUGGAAUGUACCCGAGAAGCCAAACUGGCCUGGUAUGAGGAGGGGCAGUGUUCUCUUUAAAUGUAGCAUUGCAUCUGGCCCUGGUCCCUUCCAAUUCCCUGUCCCUCUGUCUCCUUGGUGAACCUCUGCACAGUUGGACCCAAUCCCAUAACCCAGUGUCCCUUCCUCACACGCAAUACCUCAGCCAGGGGCCAAGACACAGAACUUGAAUAGAGGUCCUGCCCCCUCCACCCUACAGUGCAUCCUCGACCAGUUUGGCUGCCAUCAGUAUUGCCCCCUGAGAACUGAGAACUGGAUGGGCUUCGUUUACACAGUACAGGGGUCUCUCCUGGGGACCCCUUCACCUCUUUCCCCUACCCAAGCUUGCUUUACUCACAUUUUUACCCAUUUUCAGUUGUGUCCCUUGAAUGUCUUGCCACCCUUGCCAAGGGUGAGCUGAGGAGAGAGGGGCCAUCCCAGGAAGCCCUUCCUCCUGAGAUACCCUGCACCAUACCUCAUGCUGGAUCUUUCCUUUUCAUGGUUCCUGUUUAUCUGUCUGUCUUGCUGCCCCGCCCUUCAGAUCCUAAACCGUUUCAAGGCUUCCAAACAACCAUUAUUGGUGAGAAGGAUUGUGCAGCUUUUAGUUUUUAUUUUUGUUUUCAAAGCCAAAGGGCCUUGCAAUGCCCCUCUUGCCCACACCCUCACAGCCCUCCUUCCCUGUACCUUCCCUGUACGACAAUCAGUGUGACCUCUCUAAGGGCUGCCGCCCCCACCCCACCCCUGCCCCACCAGUUCUGCAAAGCUUGCCCCUAACUUAAGUUCUCUCCUAAAUCUUCCCAUUUCAUUUCCUUCCUCUCAUCUUGGUGCUGGGAAUUAGGUGGUGGUGGGGCAUGGGGAGCAGGGAAAUGGUUCCCCCAGAGAUGACUUGGGGUAUCAGUCGUGUUCUCCUUUAUCAAUGCUUGGUGAUGACAGAGGAAUCUGAGUAUAUGUCAGGAGUCCCAUUGUUUUGUUUUGCUAGAUGAGAUUUCUGGUGGCUGUCUGCUCCCUGCUGUCCUGGGCACAGUGUCAGCAGUGCUGGGAAGAUGGCAGGGGGUCCUCUGUCCCUCCUCAUGUGGCUGUGAGGAGGCCUGGAGGGCGAACAGCCUCCUCUCCUUAUGCCAAAGGAAAUCCCGCACCCCACCCUGGGCUGCCCAGCCCCUAGUGUUUUUGAAGCAUUUUGACCAUUCUCAUGGCCACUGCGUAUUUAUUUUAAUGUUAAGAUUUUUUUUUUAAGAAACCUCUUUGACUUAAACGGGUGUGGAGAAGUAAAACAGGCAGAAUGCCCGCCCCCGAGUCUUAAGGGGGUGGGGAGGGAACAUGUCCUUCCCUCUCCCUUCCCUCUCCCCUCCCCUCUCCCCACCACAGCUCUAAAGCACUUGCUUCAAGUAAUAAGCACUUUUGUGAAAAGGCCUAUUUUAAGGGAGGACCCUGGGAACAGCCCUAGGUCCCAGCAAAGGAGACAGAGCGAGGGCUACAUAGGAGACAGGGAAACAGACGUGUGAAUCAGAGGGUGACUGAAGAGAGCCAGUUUUUAGUUUCCGAUGGGGGGCCAUGUUUCUGAUUGUGCGGUGGCUUUGGUAGGGAUGUGUACUUCAGAAAAACAAAUGGCACAAACUGUGGGUCCCAGGAUGGACCGACAGACCCGGGUCACUGCCACUGUCCAACUGAGACUCUGAGACUGACGGGCUACCUCCCCACCCGUGGCCCCCUGAGCCAUAGGACUGCUGAAAACCACUGAAUGUACAGCCCAGGUUGGGGUGGGAGUAGCCCCUGGGGGAGGGGGCUUCUCCUUUUGUUUGGUGCUGUGGGGGGGUGGGAGACAUGUGUUCCUUGGGGUGGAGGGGCUGUGGAGGGCCGCCUCCCUCUCUGAGCCCAGCCACAGCCCCUCUUCCUUCCUCACCCCUGUCCGUUCUGACUGUAAGUCCAGCUCACCUUUGCCUUCACUAUGUAACCAAAGGAAAACUCAACACUGUUUCCACCACUGUCUGCCCACCCAGCACCUUCUUCCUCCCUGGAUCACAAGGGGAGAAGAGGCUGGGGGUGGGGGUGGGGGUGGGGCCUGAGUGAAUGCUUCUACAACUGUACCCCCAAAGCCCUCUCUGUGAUCUUGGGAGGGGUCCUGAGAGGCGGGGUGGGGCCAGGCUGGCGGGCUGGGAGUACGCACUGUGUGUUUCUCUGUUGAAAUGACUCCGGCCGCUGUGCUCCAGCGGGGAGGCCCCUUCCUCCUUCCCACCCAGCCAUUUCUCACCCUCUCCCCACACCCAGUGUUUAUUCCCUGCCUCCUCCCCUUCCCACCGCAAAGGAAAAUAGCCUUACAGACCCUAGCCCAGAAACCCUACUCCUGGGGCAAGCCAGUAUGGCCCCAUCCCGCCGAGUUUGAACCCUUCUUUUUUGAGGAGGGGCAGGGAGCAGUGCAGUCUCUUCCCCUCUGGUGGCUCCAGCCCUCUGGGCAAGGACAGAGCUGAGGAAUCUUUGAGGACCAAGCCCAGUGGUCUGGGAAGAGGGAGGUGGAGAAAGAAGGGUCUGACUUGGGGGACUCCCUCCUCCCAACCCAAACCCUAUAGAGAAGCGACCAAAUUCCCAGAGACAGGAGGGAGUUGGGGUCCGGGUCUGCUCUUUGAAUUACUUGAAGGUACUGACUCUGAGGCUGCUGUUGCCCACACAGGUGUGAGGGGACACUGUCACUGCAUUUGGGAGGGCAGAGGAUGGCGGGUGACAAGAGGAUCCACCCUUGGCCCUCGCUCACUCCUAUUCGGCCCUUUCCCUGGGCCCUCCUCUCCCCACCCUCACUCUGGGUGCCCCUCCAGUUGCACUAAAGUAGCUGUUGUGCCAGUCUUACCCAUGCCAGGGUGGGGCCUCUGCUUCCAGUCCUUCUUAACGCCUGUGCUCCCAUCCUGGACAAUCUUGUUCACUUGUAUUCCUGGAUAGCUCAGCUGUGUGUGUGUGUGUGUGUGUGUGUGUGUGUGUGUGUGUGUGUGUGUUGUGGGGGUGGGGGUGGGUUUGGCUGGAGUGGGUCUAUCAGGAGUUUGGGAAGGGCUAGGGGAAAGAUGGAGGAUGGUGUCUCCUGCCCCCUUCCCCAACUCCCAAACCACAGAAGCCUGGGAGGGAGGGUGCCUACUCACGCUGCCGCGUGUCCUGCAGAUGUGCCAAAAUAGGGUGGGUGGGAGGGGAGGGUGCCUGGCAGAGCAGCCCCAGGUGGCUCUCUCAAAGCAAUACAGUUCCCCUGCUGGGGAACAGCAAGACAGGGGAGAGGGUUGGGUGGGGACCUGGGGUUCCCCAUGUACAGCUGUGUAUAUUCAGGGGUGUUCUCUGUCUGGUACCCGCUGUGGGCAUCUAUGUGUGUGUGAACCCCCCCCUUCCCAUGCCCUGCAUGACCUGUGAUGCUGCAGACACCACCAUCCUGUGUGCAGGUGUGGUGGGGCACUGUGGGGCAUGCUUCAUGUCCUGUUGCGCCCUCCACCCUGUGACCUGUGUACUCGGUUGUAGGAAGUAAAGAGAACUGAGCACAA